AUGGUAUCGGCAAGCAAGAGGCUCCGCAACAAGUUGCUGUCCAAGGGAGAUGAUCAUCAGGAGCAGCAGCAGCAGCAGCAUCAGGAACCCAGAAGUCAACGCCUUGUUGUGGUGAAUAAAGCGCUCGUGCUUCUGGCAGUCUUGGGAUUUUGCAUGGUGGCUUAUCUGUGGUCCACCAAAGCAUGGGGGCUACAAUGGCUCGAUGUGGGUACCUUAUCCUCUCUCCAGAGGAAUGUCACAAUUUCCACUCCAAAGAAAGAAACACAAAUAGUAGUAAAAAAAGAAGAUACCCACAAGAGUCUUUCCACAGAAGUGCUGUCACAAGAACCAAUCCCCGCUGAAGAAGAAAUGAGUGUUUUGGAUUACAAUGCUUGUUGUGGCGUGGGGCACCGCUUGAGUCGCAUGGCCGCGGCCUAUCAUGCCUCCCACUAUGUGUUGGGAUUCCAAUUGAAGGCGGUAUGGGGCUUCUGCGGUGAUACUGAAAUUUUCCAACAUCUCUUCCGUGAGGAAACUCCCGCCGAAUUGCAGGCCUAUGUCAAGUCCAAGGGACAAUACUAUCGUACCGACGGUGAAGUCGGUGGCUAUUGGGCUCUCAAACACAAGUAUUGUGCAAAGGAAGAAUUGCAUGCCUACUACAAAUUCUUUGCCGAAAUCAUGGACCGGUACCGAUACAAGGACAAAAUUCAGCAAUACGUACGAGACAACUUCGACAAUCAAUUGGCCAUCGGGAUACACGUGCGGGAUGGCAAUGGAGAAAAGGGAGACUUUACCGAGAAGAAUCGUCAGAUUGGAAUCACACCCGAAGAAUGGGUGAAAAAAGUCAGUGCACACAUUUUAAAAUAUCUUGAAACAGUCAAACAAGACAAUGGAGGCCAAGAACCACCUCAACCAGUGCUAUUUGUUGCUGCGGACAAUCAAGAUUACAUGGGUUUGUUUCAAAUUCAAUUGAUGGGACAAAUCAACGUUGUGGAGUGGUCCCCAGAACAACAUCAACAAGCCGGAACAGGCGUCUUUUUGGGACAGAGACAAGAGGAGGGGUUGGACGAAGACACGUGCUUUGACAAGUGGAAAGCCAUGUUGGGUGAUAUGAUGUUACUGGCAUCCACUGAUGUCUUGAUUGCGGGACAAUUCUCCAGCUUUUCGCAAACCAUGCCAUUGAAUGUGGUAUUGGGAAAACCAAAGGAACAAAAGAAGGUUCGUCGACCCUACUGUGAAGUCCACGGCGAAGGAAAGUGGUUUGACUGUUACGAGGAUCAAAUGGAUUGGUGUACCCAUGCCAAGCAAUUCAACACUCUCAAAACCAACAACAAUCCAGAUUCUAAGGGAUAUCUAAGCGUAUUUGAGGCAAUGUACGAGAGUCCUUACUAUCGCAACCAGACACACAAAAACAACUUGGUCACUGGGUUUUUGUACAAAACAGGCAACAAUAGAUGA